ACCAAUGCGUAUUUCUAGAUCCACCGUUUGCGUUUGUUUUUCCACUGUUUUCUUUUGUGAUUACAUAUUCCUUCAGUUUGUGAAAAAACCUAUUGUGGUUACAGUGCAACCAGUGGAAAUGGAAUAAUGCUAAGAAAAUGACCAUACACACACGAAAAAAUUCAACAGCAACAAUGAAAGCGUAGACAGUGAUAAAAGUGAAUGAAAAUAAUCAGCAAAGAAAAAUGAGUGACGUGGUGGUACCACUGAUGGAAUGGAGUACGGGAGACUUGAUAUGGUUCGACCCCGGUGUUGGCCACUGGCUACCGGGGGAAGUGCUGGAAUGUCACAGGAGUGCCAACGUGCUGACCGUCCAGGCCGUUAUCAGUGGAAAGCCCCAGACUUUCGCCCUUACGAAUGGCGAAGGACAGGUGCGCCGGCGCCAAGACUUGGGCGUCGGAGGCGUCGAAGACAUGAUCCAACUGUCAGAUUUAUGCGAAGCCUCGCUAUUGUGGAACUUGAAACUGCGCUACGAUCGAAAUUUAAUCUACACAUAUGCCGGAAGCAUUUUGGUAGCAGUAAACCCUUACAGGAUGUUCGAUGGGAGUUACGGCAUCGAAUCCGCCCAAAAGUACAAGGGGAAGAUGAUCGGAGCGUUGCCCCCGCAUCUGUUCGCUUUGGGGGCGGCCGCCUAUUCCGCCCUUCCAUAUCCGCAGGUGGUCGUUAUAAGUGGAGAAAGCGGCUCUGGAAAGACUGAAUCCACGAAACUGGUGAUGCAAUAUUUAGCUGCCGUCGCCCCUUCGGCACCUAGAGGUCAAGCUUUGGUCACCGAACAAAUACUAGAAGCGGCGCCCCUUCUGGAAGCUUUCGGCAACGCCAGGACGGCCCGAAAUGACAACAGUUCACGAUUCGGCAAAUACCUUGAGGUCUAUUUCAAAAAUGGAGCCAUCAUUGGGGCCAAAGUGACGCAGUAUUUGUUGGAGAAAAGCAGGAUCAUCACUCAGGCUCCCGGUGAAAGGAAUUAUCACGUUUUUUACGAGUUGCUGGGAGGAUUGACCCAUGCAGAGAAGCAAAAAUACGGACUCGUUGAUGCUGACAAGUAUUUUUACUUGAAUCAAGGGGGUGGCGAUUGUGCACCGGGACAUUCUGGCUCCGGGGCCGAUUGGGGCGCCUUAACACGAGCCAUGCAAGUUCUCGGCGUCGGCGAAUCUGAACAAGAGGGCAUCGUCAAAGUUCUCGCCUCAGUUCUCCAUUUGGGCAACGUAUACUUUCACCGCAGACAGUUGCGACACGGCCAAGAAGGAGUUGAGGUCGGUUCGGACGUUGAGAUCAAAUGGGCGGCGCAUCUGUUGCAAAUUUCCGCGGGUGGCUUGCAAAGGGCGCUCACCUCGAGGAUCACGGAAGCGCGGGCGGAAAGAGUGUUUUCACCGUUAAGUAUCGAUCAAGCUCUGGAUGCAAGAGACGCAUUUGCAAAAGCUCUCUAUUCUGCGUUGUUCAACUGGUUGGUGAGUCGUGUGAACUCUAUAGUACAACGUGGUGGACUCCACGAUGCAGCAAGAAUUUCAUUGUUGGAUAUUUUUGGUUUUGAAAACUUGAAUGAAAAUUCGUUCGAACAACUGUGCAUAAACUUUGCAUCUGAAUCACUUCAGUUGUACUUCAAUAAACACGUGUUCAAACUGGAGCAACAAGAAUAUGCUAAAGAAAGAUUGGAGUGGACCAAUUUGACAUGGACCGAUAAUACCCCCGUAAUUCAACUAUUAGGGAAAAAACCUGUUGGGAUAUUGCAUUUAUUGGAUGAUGAAAGUAACUUUCCGAAAGCUUCGGAUGCUUCUUUCUUAGAAAAAUGCCAUUACAAUCACGCUUUGAAUGAAAAUUACUGCAGACCAAGAGUGGGCGGAAGGGAAUUUGGGAUCCGCCACUUUGCCGGACAAGUAUGGUACUCCGUUGACGGAUUUCUAGACAAAAACAGGGACGCCCUACGUCCAGAUGUUGUCGAAUUAUUGGCAUCCAGUAAAGAACCUUUGGUUACCGCAUUUGCCAAACCAUUACUUACGCAGGCACAAACCAGAACCUUACCCAGAGGAACGAACGGACGAUUCGUCACUAUGAAGCCAAGAACACCAACUGUUGCAGCAAGAUUCAGUGAUAGUUUGCAGCAACUGUUGGAAUCGAUGAGUAAAUGUCAUCCAUGGUUUGUACGAUGUAUUAAACCAAACACAGAUAAAACACCGAUGAGAUUUGAUAUGCCUGUUGUUUUGGAACAAUUAAGAUACGCUGGAAUGUUGGACACAAUCAAGAUAAGACAGUCCGGUUAUCCUUUGAGGAUGAAGUUCCAACAGUUCGUUGAGAGAUACAGGUAUUUGUUGGCGGGAGUGUUGCCCAGAGGUGCGCCGUACAGAGAUCUGUGCAGGGCCAUUUUAGAACAGAUGCCAGCAACUGGUACAGAUGGACCCGACUACCAACUGGGAGCAACAAGGGUUUUCCUGAGGGAAAACCUCGAACGCCAGUUAGAAGUAACUAGGCAAGAUUCCUUGAAAGGAGCAGCUACAACUAUACAAAAGAACGUGCGAGGUUAUUUGGCCAGAAAGAAGUACAAGAAUCAUAGAAGAAAUGCGAUCACCAUCCAAAAAUACUGGCGCGGUUAUAAGCAACGCAGAGACUAUGAGAAAAUCAAAAGAGGCGUCAUUAAAGUCCAGGCUUUAUACAGAGGAAGGAAAGAACGCAAAAGAUUCGGACAAAGAAAGGCGGAGUACAGGAGAAGAGUGGAAGCUGAAAAAGUGGCGCAGGAAAGAGCUAAACAGAGAGCGGCGAGAGACGCUCAGCUUCAAGCUCAAGCUCAAAGAUCUACUCCAGCAAAAAUGUCUAUUCAUCAUUUAGAAAUACCUGCUGAAUUGGCCUUCAUCUUUUCCAAACUAGACGGUUAUAAUCCACCACAUAUCGAGAGAAAUUUGGUGAAGGUUUUAGGUGGCGUUAACGGAAAUCCUCCACAGCUAACCCUUCCCCACGAUUUAAACCAAUUCGAGUUUUCGAAGUUUUCUUCCGUAUACUUUAAAGGUGCUGAUUUACAUAUGAAGAAAGAACCAAUAACUGCUCCGUUUCUUUCAAAAGCGGCAGCAAGAGAUCAAGACUUUCAAGAUGCAGUGGCAAUUUUUAAAUUAAUUUUGCGUUGGACCAAUGACCAGCAACUGACUGGCACUAGAGAACGAGCUUUGGCCGAUUAUAUGAUCCAUAAAGGCUUAAGUUCUAGGGGACUAAGAGAUGAGUUACUCAUUCAAUUGUGUAAUCAAACAUGGAAGAACGACAACGCUGAUAGAGUUUGGCAAUUGAUGGGGCAUUGUUUAAGUUGUUUCCAACCGAGUCCUCCUUUAAGUAAAUAUUUAUUAAAAUUUGUAACGGACCAUGCAGGGCCAGCCCACAAAGAAAUGUUGCAGAGAAAAAUAACACGUGGCAUACAAAAAGCACCACACUCCCGAGCGUUACCUCCGACAUUAUUAGAAUGGAGGAGUGUUAGACAAAAAUGUAAUACAGCAUUACCUUUAACCCUUCCAGACAAUGUUGUUUCUACUGUAUAUGUUGAUUCUUGGACCACAUGCGAAGAGGCUGCAGCUUUGGCGGUUUCUGCUCUUGGCAUUAACUCAGAUGGUUGGAGCGUCAUUAUGGAUGAUGCCGGGGUGAUUUCAGAAGGCAACGGUUUGGAUUACAUCAUGGAUUUGGUGUCUGAAUUAGAAUUGUGUCCGGCAUUCCCAGUUUCCAAGUCAACAUUAUUAAAAACUGGUACUAGAAAACAUACUCCGACAGAAACGGACCACCAUACUUUGUCUUCACCAACUAGACCACAAGUGCCUCCUCCAGAACCUCCUAUUAACAUUUCGAGGAAAGUAUCCAGAGAAAUUCUAAGACAAUCACCUUCUGCUCAAAUUCAGAUGCACAACUCUAGAAAAUCAUCGAGAAACAUUGAACAUCAUGAUCCAAUUGAAUACACUCCUACUAGAGAGUCACCAGUCACUAGCACGCCUGCUAGGAAAUCAUCACAUGAGGCUCUUUCAAGAAGUUCUGCACUAAACGAACGAUAUUUCGAUAUUGAAAAAGUCAGAUCCAGAAGUUUAGACAAUUUACUUAGCGAACCGGAACCAACACCUUUGGCAGAUUUAGGUUUAAGUCAGUCCUCAAAAUUGAACGAGCGGUACCAUUCCGUCGAACAACUGGCUCCAAUAAAACCCGUAAUCGCCCAUCAAAAUUACAUUUCUAAACAAGAGAUAGAUUUCGAAUAUCCGGAUGUUUCAAGCGUCAGCACAUCACACAGAGGAGGUCCAAGAUAUGUUAAAUCCCAGUACAUGGGUAAAAAAGCACCACCAGGUUCUCAUUCUAGUCGAGCGCACAUUGAAAAGUCUGAGUUUGGAGUUAGAAGUUCAGCGAUGUCGGACACAAGCGAAGCUCCGAGUCUUGCAAGUCAUGUUAGAAGAGUCAGAGUACCAAGUCAAGCUUCAGAUGUCGAUCAGUUCUUGGAUGAACUUUUUAGUCCCGUUUUAGAUGGAAAUCUGGAUGAGUUGAGUGAUGCUAGGUCUCUAGCUGCCAGUAUAAAAGGCGGUGCUAAUAGUGACGAUUAUAUUGAUGGAUUAGAUGAUUAUUUGGAUGAAAUGAUGGGCAAUGUAACAAUGGCAAACGUUUUUAUGUUGGAUGCUGUAGAAAUUGCCGGUAAAAUCAAAGGUGGAGGACAUAGAGAUCGAAGCAACAGUCAAGGAAGUUCGGUACUCGAUCAGGAAGUUGAAAGUCUUACAUCCGGUACACCCAGGUCUAACAACGCAAAUGUGGAUGAUUACAUCAGUGAUCUGUUCAAACCUAUAUUUAUUAAUGACAGUUUGAAAAAUUUAACUAAGAAACACAAUCUUGUAGACAGCAUCAAAGGCGGAGGAACAACCCACCAACAAAACGCAUCUGGUUCAUCAAAUUACAACUUGGCAACAAUUCCAGCACCGAUGCUGAGUCCAGCUCCUUUGAUGAUGCCACUUUUGAGCCCGACACAAGAAGGUUUCAUGCCUGUCUUCAAUAUGCCAGGAGUCGGUAUGCCUUCAAAUGGUACAGACAUUGCUGCAUAUCAACAGAAUUUGCAAAGGGCAUUUUUACAGUCAGCUAUGGCACAAAAUAUACAGAUUCAACAACAACUCUUGGCUCAAAACCAGGCGUUACAACAACUGUUGACUCAACAAAGCACUGCUACUACAGAUGUGAAAACCGAAACUGUUCAAACUACGACAAUUAAAGCUCAAAUUCAUCAGUCGUCAAGCCCAAACAGAAAAUCCAGUUUUAAGUCUGGUAUUAUUACUAGGAAGAGUAGUUCUCCAAGUGUGACCUCUUCAAUCGAAUACAAGUCGAGGAAAGCUAGUUCUUCAGAUUCAACCAAUAGUAUUACGAUGAUGACGAGAAAUGGUAUUCCACCACCACCACCGAUGCCUCCACCGAUCGAUCCGUCGGAUCCUAGUGAAGUCAGACCGUUCUUGGAUCCGUAUGGAAGGGCCAAAACAGUCAGAAUUGGAAAAUGGAGAUGGCCCCCUCCGAAGGAGGACAAAAGUGUUGAGAAUGGUGAAGAUUUUAUGCAAUUUAAACUGAGACAAAAUCAAAGAAAAGUGACCCCAAACAAAGAUCAAUCUUUAACUAACGGUCAUAAUAAUCAGAGCAGUGCUGAAUGGGAAGAAAUUGAAUUCGAACCUAUGAUAAGGGAAAGUGAACAGAGGGUUAGUAAAGUCUCGUCGAAACGCGCCUUCGAUAUCGGAGCUUCUAGACCGUCACCAGGAAGUGUCGGCAAGUUAAAACUGAGUUCUGAAAUGAGACAAAGAUUAGAACAAGUCACAGCCAAUCAUUCCGUUAGAUCUACGAGCAGCAAAGUCGACAAACCAGCUAGAACUGUUAACAAGCUGGAGGACACAAGGAAGAUGAUGCUUGAACAACAACUAGCAGGAAGAUGGGGGGACGAGUCUCAGGGAACUCUUAGCGGAAAAUCCAGCCCAGAAACUCCGCCACACACAAUGCACAAUGGCACGAAGUCCCCAACGCAGCAAAGUUGGUCGAGUUCUAACUGGAAGCCGGGUCCUCCACCGCCACCUAUCGGUCCUAAUUCCCUACCUCCAGCUCCAGCAGGUCCUGCACCACCACCACCGGUUGUAAGACCGAACCAGCCUCCACCUCCUGUUGAACCAGUUCGGGACUCUUUCAUGGCACAACGACAAGAUCGGGAUACAUUCGGCGUUCAUCAGAAUCGUGUCGUGCAUAACAAUUCGAAGAGGAAUUCCUUUAGCGCCAACUGGGAAGUUCAGAGCAGCAUUACGCAGGAAACACAAGACGAUGGUGUCAGUUGGGCCAAAGAAGGUAUAGAGGUGGACAAAUCAGAUGGCAGAGCAUCCAGAGAUAGUUGGGAUCAGGCAGAUUCAACCACAAUAACAUCUAUAGACCAACCAGGAAGAAGGAUGAGCGACAAAUGGGAGAUUGAAAGAAAACACUACGAAAAGAACAACAACAAAAUGAUCAAAGAGCCAACGGAACGUCCGACAUUCAGAACUCAUCAGUUCAGUAAAAGUGCCAUGGAAAGAGAAAAGAAACAUUCGGUGGCGUCUACACAAAUGACCGAUAGAACUGAACGUAACGAAAUACAAGAAUGGCCCGAGUUCAUGCGACCAAUUCAAACUCCACCUCCGAAGAGUCCAGUACCUCCAGCUGUUGAAGAACAGGAGGAAAUCACCGCCCCAAAAACGAUGGGAAGGCUGUUGCCCUUAGGUUCUGCUGCUUGUGUUACUUAUAACAGAGUAUCUUGGUUGUUGAGAGUGAGAAAAGAGUUUUUCUCACCGUCUGAAUCUUUGGGUGCUCCAAACGGUCUCCAUUUGAUCUUUUGUCAGAUCGUCGCCGAUGUUUAUGGGUUAACACCUUGUCUGAGGUUGACUCAAAGCGAGAAACGGGCUGGAGUCAAUAUGUUGUCUGGUUAUGGAGUCACAGCAGAUAAUUACAACCAGUCUCACAGGGCUAACAUUAAAAGGAACGUGAUAGAAUUAGCCAGAACUUGGCCCCUCUACUUUGCAAGACUGUUUCCCGUUUCUGGGGCGGCACAACUUUCAGAAGUUCAACUAAUUGCUGUUUCGCAUUGGGGAGUUCACCUGGUUCGAAGGGAACACAAUCAUCUUCAAGUAAUCAAAUCUUUUGCUUUGAGUGAUAUCGGAUCGUGUACAGCUCCAAGACCGACGAGCAUUAGUAUUGACGGUUCACAAGGAAGAUUGAGUCUACACACGCCGAGAGCGCAGCAAAUCUCCGAAAUGGUUACAAAGUUCUGCACCGAAAACAGAAAGAUGCAAAUGAAGACGUCGCCACCGCCGCGAGUUCCACCAGUGGAAAGGAUCGCCGGCGACAUGCCGGUGAUGAACGGCCACGUUUCGAACGGCGUCCAGGAAGCCAGGGAGCCUCGGGAAUCGAGGGAGCACAGAGAACAUCGAGUCGAAUCGUCGCGAUCCCAUAACAGGGGUGACGGCGCUCAAUCGCCCAGUAGUCCGGUGCCGCCCAGCGGUAAAUACUCUCUGAUGCAGUACGCAAUGCAAAACUUCAGGCAAAGCUCCGAUUUGGAGUUGUUGAAAAUGGACUCCUCGAUGAAGUCGAAGGAGAAACGCAAAGAAUGGACAUGGAAACAGCAAACGGAUUUGAUAAAAUGGCAAGGAGUACCAAUCGACGGUCCGUUACUGAGAUUAGAAGAGCCAGAACUGAUACCCCUCGCCAUCGAGUGCUUCGAGUGCAUCCUUCGUUACUGUGGAGAUUUACCUCUCACGCCGGACAUGAGCGAAGUUAAGUGUGUCUACACGGUAUUGAUGCAUUGUCACAAAUAUGCCCAAUUAAGGGACGAAGUUUACUGUCAACUGAUGAAACAAACUACCAGUAACAAGUCCGAAUCACCUGAAUCUUGUCAAAGAGUCUGGAGACUGUUAUCGAUAGUCGCAGCCUAUUUCGCGUGUUCCGAAAACCUACUACCCUUCCUGAGCGAACAUUUAUCUAGCGCAGCCUCGGAUCGUCGAAGAAUAUGCCACGGAACCGCCGCCGUUUGUCUCAGCAACCUGAGAAAGACCCAAAGAUGUGGAGGUCGUAAAAACGUACCCUCCGUCGAAGAGGUUACAGCAGUCAGUGCAGGUAGAAGCGCCAGAAGGCAGAUUUACCGUUUGCCCGGUGGCGCCGAACGCGUUGUAAACACGAGGUGUAGUACGGUGGUCGCGGAUGUCAUCCAAGAACUCUGCGGCCUUAUCGGCGUCGCCACAGAAGCCGAACAACAAGAAUUCAGUCUUUAUUGUAUAGUUCAAGGGGAUGCUUUCACUAUGCCUUUGGCGGCAGACGAAUAUAUUUUGGAUGUGACGACGGAGCUGCAUAAGGCGGCGCAACCCUUUUAUUUGAUAUUUUGCAGGUCGGUUUGGUACCAUCCCUUGAAACACGAUGCUAGUCCGCUUUACACUGAAGUGUUAUUCAAUCAAGUCGCCCCCGAUUAUUUGGAAGGUCUGCUGUUGAGACUCGGCAAUCCGAACUUGCCUCCAAGUGUAGUCAGAGACAUGGCGUUGAUUGCGGCCCUUCUUCAUCGAGCUGCCGACUUGACUCACGCUCCGAGUAUUAAAGAAGUUAAAUUUCUACUUCCCAAACCGGUAUUGGGACUCCGAGAACCCCGUCCCCCGCAGUGGUUGGCCUUGGUGCAAACCUCCUGGGGACAAGCUGUAGGUCUUCCGGUCUCCAGAGCCAAGCACAGAGUCCUGCAAGUUCUUAGCAAUUGGCCCUUGUUCGGCAGCUCAUUCUUUGCCGUCAAGCGUGUCUUAGGUGAAAUUGAGAACUGGCAAGAACAUAUUCUCGCCCUGAAUCGUGGCGGUGUCCAUUUCUUGGACAUGGUAAAUCACGAAACUCUCCAACACUGGCCUUUUGCCGAAGUAAUUUCAACUAGGAAGGUCCGUUCCGAAGAUGGAGCACUCUUUUUGGAUAUGAAGUGCGGCAAUUUGUUGCAGCAGAGGGUUACAAGAUUACAGACUGAACAGGCCCAUGAAAUUUCCAGGCUUGUUAGGCAGUAUAUUAAUUUAGAACAGGCUCACAGUAAUAGAAACCAGUAAUAAGACUCGUAAAUUGCUCACUUAUAUUUCAGUGAGAUUGUGCACUUUUGAAGACAAUUCAAAAAUGUUGACACAAGUAUAGUUAUAGAGUAUUUAUCAUCAUGUAUUAAAAAGAAAAUUGUAUUUUAUAUAUGUAUGCAUUGUACUAUAGUACUAUAGACCCAACAAUAAUCCGUCCAUUAUUUUUAUAGUUUGUAUUGUAAAUCGAAAUAAUAAGAUUUGCAAUUUUUAUAUAUUAUUAUAUGAUAAUAGUAAUUAUUAUUAAUUUAUAUGAUUUAUAUUAUAUAUGUAUGAAGACCAGAUUUGAUUACGAGAUAGAUUCUGAUUAAAGAGUAACUUUAAACCGAAUCUGUUCGAAACAAAUAAAUAAAUAUAUUGAAUCGGUCUACCCAUUUAUGUGUACGUAAAAUUGGUGUAUGUUGUUUAUAGUAAAUAAAAAAUUAAAAAAAAAA